AAUGCUUUAAAAGCGAAAAAAGCAAUCAUGAGAUUUUCAGAUGGCGACGUCCUGCCAUGAAUCACGCGCAGACUCUUCAUCUCCACGCGCCUAUUCCCCUUUUCAUCACCACGCGCAUCUUCGCCACCCUCGUGAGCUCCAACAAUGGCUGCGUUCUCACUCUUACUCGCCCUGUUUCUCCUCUCGGAGAGAUCUUCGUCCCUUCCGAAAUCCGCGGCGGUGAGAUAUGUAUCGGCGCUAGGAGACGGAGGGAUGAAGAACCGUAAUGCGAGAAUCGCACUGGAAGCUUGGAAUUUCUGUAACGAAGUAGGAGACGAAGCUCCUUCAAUGGGAAGCCCUAGACUCGCCGAUUGCGCUGAUCUAACUUGCCCGAUCCUCGCAGACUAUCUGCACCAGAGGCUUGAUAGCCAUGGGAGCAAGUGUGAAGUGCGUCAUUGGGUAAAUGAAACGGACAACAAGUUAGCAUCUGGAGAUAACUUUCCAGUUUCUGGUUUCACAUCAUACAAAGAUCCUGACAUGUUUGCGAACGAAAAAGAACGGUACUUAGGAUCUUUGUGCAAGCCACACGACACUGAAGAAGAGCCUUGGUAUUUCUGGAUGAUAAUGCUCAAAAAUGGUAACUUUGACAAGAACUCUACGCUAUGUCCUGAGAAUGGGAGGAAAGUCGGUAAGAUAGUUACAAGAAGAAACUUCCCCUGUUUCGGGAAAGGUUGCAUGAACCAGCCGCUUGUUUACCAUAACUAUUCGAAGCUUGUCGCUGAUGAGAAAGGGAUAAUGCAUUUGAUCGGAGGGUUUAAUGGAACAUAUGACCUUGAUGCUGAGUUAAGCAAAGGAGCAGGGACAAGAUCUUUCUUCUCUGUUUCAUGGCAGAAAAACGUUAAAACCGGGAGCUGGGUUUUCUCGAAUUCGUUGACCACUUCGAGAAAUUACCCAUGGCUCAUGUUGUACCUCCGUGCUGAUGCUGCAGAAGGUUUUAGCGGUGGUUAUCACUAUAAUGGCCGUGGCAUGAUGAGAAAGCUACCUGAAUCUCCAAACUUCAAAGUGAAACUGACACUUGAUGUUAAACUCGGAGGAGGACCCAACAGUCAGUUUUACCUAAUCGACAUCGGAAGCUGUUGGAAGAACGAUGGUCAACCAUGUAAUGGAGACGUUUUGACUGAUGUAACAAGAUACAGCGAGAUGAUUAUAAACCCGGCAACAACAAGCUGGUGUCGAGCAGACAAUCUAGUUUCGUGUCCUCCGUAUCAUACAAGUCUCUCCGGCCAGAUCAUACACAGGAACGAGACAUCAAGGUUCCCUUACUCUGCUUACCAUCUAUAUUGCAGCCCUGGAAACGCAGAGCAUCUAGAGAAGCCAUAUGAUAUAUGCGAUCCGUACAGUAAUCCUCAAGCACAAGAACUGAUUCAGAUUCUGCCUCAUCGAGAAUGGUCGGUUCAUGGAUAUCCUAAGAAGCAAGGAGAUGGUUGGAUUAGGGAUUCAAGAACUUGGGAUCUUGAUGUUGGAGCUCUCUCAAGUCGUCUUUAUUUCUACCAGGACCCGGGAACGAAACCAGCAAAGCGAGUGUGGACAUCGAUUAAUGUUGGUACAGAAAUAUAUGCUAGCAACAGACAAGAGACUGCUGAGUGGACGGUGAGUGACUUUGAUGUGUUGGUUCCAGAACAAAAAGCAAUAUCCUCGUGAAGGUUGUAGCAACACAACUUGUUACUUGUUAGUAGCUUUUGCUUGCUCUCAUUUUUAAGUAAGUUAUUUUUCUGUCAAGUAAAUUUACAGGCCGAAGCUCAUUUGCCUCAAUUAGAUUAUCUCUUUACAUCUUUCUAAAUUAAGGAAAUAAAUCACUAUAUUUUACAUCGUAGGAAUUAUAUUUUAG